AUUUUCCGCCAUAUUUCGUGAAAGAACGGAAAUCUCCGUCAAUACUGUUAUUUUAAUAGCAAGUGACGCAAAAAAACACCUCUGUUUAGGACAAGAACGGCCAGAAAGUAAACAGAAUGUUACGAAUGAACAGGUUAAAGCGUAGGUAUUUACAUACUUGGCUGUCAUUCUAUGAAAACUUUAUUUAAACAAAGAAGUAGUCUCCGACAUGUCUGAAGUCGAUAUUUCCGAAGAGAUUCCGAAUGGUGACGAUUCUGCGUUCGUGGAAGAGCAGUCUCACGAAGCUGAAUGUGAUUCGGCUGCAGCAUCAAGAUCAGCGGCAACAGUUGUGGAGGCGGCACCACAAGACGCAAUUGCGGCAGAGCACGUUUUUGUUGCGACUCCACAGGGACUUCUUACUGCAGAGCAGUUUCAGGAAGCUACAGUUGCUGGAAUUAAAACAACGCAUAUCGUCAUUCACGAUCAGACAAUUGGGCAAUUAGAAGGACUAAAAACACCUACAACUCCCCUACCCCCUCCAACACCUGCAACCCCCUUGAGUAAAGAAAAGGGUUUUAAGUACAACUGGGAUGAUUCUGUCCACCAGUCUGUCUUGCCUGUUCGUUGCAAAACAACUAAUGGAGAACUUUACAAAGCAAAAUUUGGUUCAGGAGGCAGAGGAAAGUGUAUUAAAGGUAGUGAUGAGAUGUGGUACACACCAAAUGAGUUUGAAGCACUUGCUGGGCGAGCCAGCAGCAAAGACUGGAAACGCAGCAUCAGAUAUGGUGGUCGAACAUUACAGUGCUUAAUUGAAGAUGGAAUUCUUCAACCACAUGCUACUUCCUGUACUUGUGCUGCUUGCUGUGAUGAUGAUGCUGUUGUUAGUAAUAUCACAGGACCUGUGCGGUUGUUUGUGCCUUACAAACGAAGAAAAAAAGAUUCAGAAAGCGACAAUGCUCUUCCUUCUCCCAAGAAGCUUCGCACAGCUGCAAAGUCCCCAACAAUAACUGCCUCACCAAUGGCAAAAGAAGUUUUCUUUCCAGUGUCAGUGUCCCCUGUACCUUCAGCCCAAACAGCCUUUGUAACAUCAGCUCACAGGCCCUUGACAAUACAGAGUGAGAGUGGUGAGACAGUACACAUUGUUGCCACAGAUGCACAGGGAAAUCUAGUGACAGAUGCAGUUGUGAUGACACCACUGACACUAGCCCAGCCCCACAUCCAGGGCAUCAUCCAGCAACAGCAGCAACAGCAUGCCCAACAACACCAGCAGCAGAUACAACAACAGACCAUCAUUUCCAAGGCAGGUGCCACAGUUGUUUCUAUGGAUGUACUGGAGCAGAAACAGUGGUGGCACCUUGAAGAGAUGGCCAACAACCUUCUGCAGCAAGUCCAGCAGCUCAAAAUAAUGAUUGAACAAGUCAAACAACAGACUCUCAUCUCAAAGGAAGCAGUUGUUCAACAGACUCGGCAGCUGUGCGAGAAAGAGAAGAAUGAGGCUUUGAAUGCAGCACGCAUAGAGGCACAGAUGAACCUAUCACGUGUAGUUAUGGAUCAACGUGCACAAAAGGACAUUGCUGUGCAGCAAGCAUUGGCACAAGCUCGUGCCGAAAUGCAGGAGAAAAUGGACUCUGUGACUGUCAUUUCAGAUGACAAAGUGACCUACAAUGUGACAUGGAACACAAGUGGUUCUCAGCCUACAAUAACAACAAUCAUGGACACUGGAGUGGAAGAAGAUUCAGACAAAGAGAAGGAGUAAAAGCAGCUAAAAUAUGCUGUUUUUCUGUUGAAAAAUAAAAGUGAUGAUGCGCCCUUGAGAGUAUGAUUGGACUAGAUGGUCUGCUGUGGAGUUCAACAACAGAUUUCUGACUUGUUUUUUAUUUCCCAGAUCUCUUGAUCUUUGCAAUCGUGUCAAUGGAGAUCAGUUUUAAUGGCUGUUCACGAAAUUGUGAUUAUUUUCUGUUCAGUGCUAAAUUUUUUUAAGACUAAUGGGAUGCAAAUUUGUUUUGUAGUGAUUGAUUAAAGCUGUCAAAACAGAUAUCAAGAUUGCACAAAGAUACAUUCAUUUUUUUUUCAAGGUAUUAGCCAAUAGGAGAGCUGGAUCCAAAUGUUAAUUGGGUGUAUCUUUUGUACAAUGCUCUACCCAGGCAUCAGAAAAAAUAUCUUUUACUUGUGCAACUUAAAUAUUUCCAUCUUUUACUUGCUGCUCUUGAAAUUUCCACAAUUUAAAAUGGGAUGAAAUUUAUUAAGCCCUAUUAUUGAUUAGGCAAAAUCUUUCAUAAAAAUUGUCUGGAAAAUGUUCAGAUUUGAAUUUCGAAGUGUCUUCUACAAGUCAUAUAAAGUUGAAAUUUGAAGCCUGCAACCAUUCCUGCCAUAAUGCAAGUGUGCAUAAGCAGGAAAUGUCUGAUGGCAUGCUUGGAGAAAAAGACCCCAUUUUCCUAAAUUCUGCUUUUUUUCGCUGUCAUUUGCUCGGACAGCUUGUUGGGGAGUUAAGCAAAUAAUGUGUGCAUGGAUGUGCACAAGGGAGACAGUACUGUUACUAUUGUGCAAGACAUAAUGGUACAUUUUUGUUUUAAAAGAGGAUCUCUUACCUGCUGCCAUUGUGAUGUUGCAUGUAAAAUUAUGGUAAAAAAAAAUUUUCACUUGUUUGUGUAAAUCGG